GGAUAUCGCGUCGUCCAACGCUCGUGCUGCUGGCAGCGCGGCGUGGUCAACAUCGGGUCGAUCACUUUUGAAAUUGCCGGGCCGUUCAGCCUCCAUGAUGAAGCACGAGCACCAUCCGCACAUGAUGCUGCGGAUGCCAGGAGCGACAACGAACGCUACGUCUGUCCCUGCCGUGACAUGCCACAUGCACCAAAUGCAUCUGACGAUGCAUCCAAUGCAGUCGCUCUUGCGCAACGUCGCGCCCAUGGCAGCGACCACCACCAACACAACGUCCACGUCGCAGCGCGUGGCGGCAAAUGGCAUGCAGCGGGCCAAACCCGCGCCGUCGCCACCCAAAAGCGCCAAGGACACAACCAAAAAGGUCAAAGUAUCCCGUGAACGCCAGCUCAAAAUCAACGCCGCGAGCCGCAAGUGCAGGAGAAAACAAAAGGUCGAGCUCCAGUUCCUCCGGUCCCAUGUCGUCGACCUGCGAAAGUGCAUGCGGGACCACACCAAGACGUGCCCUCACAUGGAUACGUCCCUUCUUGACCAGACCGAACACCUGAUGGAAGAGUUGACGAGUGUCACACGAGUGCCGAAGGACGACAGCUCGUCCGACGACGACAGCUCUCACGCGAACGGGAGCUCGUCCUCUCUCGCGAUUCCCACGACCGAGUCAUCGUCGGCAGUGCCAGUCACGGUGAACGCCGGCAAUACGCAGUCCACCACCCCGUCGUCGCCCGUCGUGAUCGACGGCAAGAGCAAGGACGAGCUGCUCACGAUCGGAGGGUUCCUGCGCGUGAACCUCAACUUGGAAAGCAAGUCGUUCAGCCCGGACUCGAUUUCGUCGCUGCCGAUUCAAAUGGACGGGUGGCGCAUUCGCCUGAGCAUCACGGACCGCAACUACGCCUUCCACAAUCAAAAGUUCUUUCCAGCAUGCAUUGCGCAAGACUUGUUUGACUUUUGCUGGGAAACAUCGCUGAAUGAAACGCAACCGUGCUUGAACCCGUCCGAGUUUUUCAAGGUGACGCGGCUCCACGACGACAUGGCGUACGUGUCGAGCCGGACGAUCGGCCAGUGGAGCCUCAUGGUCCACGGCGUCCCCACCGUGAGCUACAACAGCAUCUUGGCCCGGAUGCAGGACGGCCAGCGCCUCCUUGUGUGCCAGCAGAGCGUGCUCGGUCCCAACGACUUCGCCGACCCCGCAACCGAACCAUGGCUGUUCAAAAAGUGGGUCGUGUUCACCCCGUUUGUAUUGAAUGGCGUCGCCGGGACGUCGGUCGAGUCGUACCGGUGUGCGAGCUACGCCUCUGGCCGGCGGCUCUACUCGGAGACCAACACGUACGACAGCUUUUGCGAACACAUCAUCCGGCGAUAUGCCGAGUCGAAUGUGGUGCUGGAUCGCAUGAUGGCGGCCGAUGGCCGGUUUGCCCACAUCCCGUGGAAUGAGCACAACUUGUUUCUGUUUGAAACGAUGGGCGAGCGCAUGGUGAAGGACUUUUUGCUGUUCUAGGCAGACGCAGUGGCGCAAGUAGGGUAGGAGUUUGAGUGCGGCUCGAUAUUGGCCGCAGUGUAAUUGGUGUCAAUGUUAGUGUAGUGUGUGAUGUGCA